AUGCCGGGCGGGGCCGAGGCAGGGGAGGCCGAGGAGGAGGCUGGGGCCGGCUCCGGGUCCGAGGCGGAGGAGGACGCGCUGUGGGAGCGGAUCGAGGGCGUCCGGCACCGGCUGACGCGCGCCCUCAACCCGGCCAAGCUCACACCGUAUCUGCGCCAAUGCCGGGUCAUCGACGAGCAGGACGAGGAGGAGGUGCUGAGCACCUACCGCUUCCCGUGCCGCGUCAACCGCACCGGGCGCCUGAUGGACAUCUUGCGCUGCCGCGGGAAGAGGGGCUACGAGGCCUUCCUGGAAGCCCUGGAGUUCUACUACCCCGAGCACUUCACGCUGCUCACGGGCCAAGAACCUGCCCAGCGCUGCUCCAUGAUCCUCGAUGAGGAGGGGCCCGAGGGCCUGACCCAAUUCCUGAUGACAGAGGUGCGGCGGCUGAGGGAGGCUCGCAAGAGCCAGCUGCAGCGGGAGCAGCAGCUGCAGGCCCGGGGCCGGGUGCUGGAGGAAGAGCGGGCAGGGCUGGAGCAGCGGCUGCGGGAGCAACAGCAGGCUCAGGAGCGCUGCCAGCGGCUGCGGGAGGACUGGGAGGCGGGGAGCCUGGAGCUGCUGCGGCUUAAGGACGAGAACUACAUGAUUGCCAUGCGCCUGGCACAGCUCAGUGAGGAGAAGAACUCGGCCGUGCUGCGCAGCCGGGACUUGCAGCUGGCGGUGGACCAGCUGAAGCUCAAGGUGAGCCGGCUGGAGGAAGAGUGCACACUGCUGCGAAGGGCCAGGGGGCCACUCCCCGGGGCUGAGGAGAAGGAGAAAGAGCCUGACAGCGCGGACCUGGUUUCCGAGCUGCGCGCCGAGAACCAGCGGCUGGCGGCAUCGCUGCAGGAGCUGCAGGAGGGCCUGCAGCAGGAGGCAAGCCGGCCAGGGGCCCCAGGCUCGGAGCGCAUCCUCCUAGACAUCCUGGAGCAUGACUGGCGGGAGGCGCAGGACAGCAGGCAGGAGCUGUGCCAGAAGCUGCACACCGUGCAGGGGGAGCUGCAGUGGGCCGAGGAGCUGCGGGACAAGUACCUGCAGGAGAUGGAGGACCUGCGGCUGAAGCACCGUACGCUGCAGAAGGACUGUGACCUGUAUAAGCACCGCAUGGCCACCGUCCUGGCCCAGCUGGAGGAGAUCGAGAAGGAGCGGGACCAGGCCAUCCAGAGCCGAGACCGGAUCCAGCUGCAGUACUCACAGAGCCUCAUCGAGAAGGACCAGUACCGGAAGCAGGUCCGGGGCCUGGAGGCCGAGCGGGACGAGCUGCUGACUGCGCUAUCCAGCCUGGAGGGUGCCAAGGCCCUGCUGGAGGUGCAGCUGCAGCGGGUCCAGGGUGGCCCCUACCUCAAGGCCUGCGCCUCUUCCCAUUCCCUGUGCUCCAACCUCAGCAGCACCUGGAGCCUGAGCGAGUUCCCCUCCCCGCUGGGAGGCCCUGAAACAGCUGGGGAGGCGACUGUCACGGGGGGAUCUGAGCCCCACACCUCGGAGGAGGCCACGGACAGCGAGAAGGAAAUCAACCGGCUCUCCAUCCUGCCCUUCCCCCCCAGCGCCGGCUCCAUCCUCCGCCGGCAGCGGGAGGAGGACCCCGCACCCCCUAAGAGGUCCUUUAGCAGCAUGUCGGACAUCACAGGGAGUGUGACGCUUAAGCCCUGGUCCCCUGGCCUCUCCUCGUCCUCGUCCUCCGACAGCGUGUGGCCUUUGGGAAAGCCGGAGGGCCUUCUGGCCAGAGGCUGUGGCCUGGAUCUCCUCAACAGGUCUCUGGCCAUCCGAGUGUCUGGCUGGAGCCCCCCGGGGGGGCCUGAGCCCCAGGACAAGGGCCUAGACGGCCUGUCGUUCCUCGGGGACAGCUGGUCUGAGGCUGUCGUUCGGAGGGUGCUCUCUGGGCCAGGAUCGGCCAGGGUGGAACCGAGAGAGCCAAGGGCAGAGGCUGCUGGCUUGGAGCGGGCAGGCCUGGAAGGCGAGGCCCAGCAGAGAACCUUGCCCUGGAACCAGACAUCCACACUCCCUCUGAUGGACUUCAAGGCCUGCCAGUCCUUCCAUGAGGCUCUAGACGCCUGGGUGAAGAGGCCGGGGGCCGAGCCCUUCUACAUUCGAGCCAACCUCACCCUGCCUGAGCGGACCAACCCCCAUGCCCUGUGCGUGAAAGCCCAGGAGAUCCUGCGGCUGGUGGACCCGGCGUACAAGCGGCGGCAGGAGUGGUUCUGCACGCGGGUUGAUCCCCUCACGCUGCGGGACCUGGACCGGGGCACUGUGCCGAAUUAUCAGAGAGCCCAGCAGCUCCUAGAAGUUCAGGAGAAAUGCCUGCCCUCCAGCCGACACCGGGGGCCCCGCAGUAAUCUGAAGAAGCGAGCCCUGGACCAGCUGCGGCUGGUGAAGCCCAAGCACGUGGGGAGUCCCACUGGGGACUCCCCGGAGCAGCUGCUGCUGGAGCCCUGCUCAGAGCCAGAGCGGAGCCUCAAACCCUAUAGCCUGGUACGGCCCCUGCUGGUGUCUGCCCUGCGGCCCGUGGUGCUCUUGCCUGAAUGCCUGGCGCCCCGGCUCAUCCGCAACCUCCUAGACCUGCCCAGUUCCCGGCUGGACUUCCAAGUGUGCCCAGCAGAAAGCCUCUCUGGGGAGGAGCAGUACACAUCGACAGCGCCCGGAGCCCCCAAGGCCCGACCUGCCACCCCUGGGCUGGGCAGCAGGAUCCGUGCCAUCCAGGAGUCUGUCGGGAAG